AGGACAUCAGUGUCAAGGAUGAACCAGCAGAAGCAGGAGCAGAGGAGUUCCCCCAGCAAGGAUCUGACCCAGAGCUGUGAGCGGAAGAUUAAAAGGUCUUCCAGCUUGAGUCCCAGGAAGGAAAAGAAAAGCCUUAAGGGGAUGGAAAGCUUAAAGAAAUCCCUCUCACUGAAGAUCAAGGUCAAUGUGGCAUCUGGGGGCCACAUGGAGGAGAAGAAGAAGCCCAUCCGCAGGAGUUCAUACUCCCUCUUCAGUGCCUUCCAAACAGUGGAGGAAGAAGCAGACAGGUCUCAGAAGCCACCGAGUCCUCAUCAGAUGAGACAGCCUGUUUUCCCUGAAAUAGAACCUCUGGAGGAGCAGGAGGAGUCUGAAGCAGAUUCUGUCAACAAGACCCUAUCAGCAACAACAAAGGACCCUCAGCAAGAGAAACAAAGAAGCCCCCCCAAGCCCUGUUCUCCAACCCAGAGCCAUAGUGGUAGGAAGUCUAGUAUCGACUCCACAAACUCUUACCAUGAAAAGGAGGAGGACGGUAUUCUUGGGCUGGGCAACUUCAAGAGGACUUUUCUUAGGAUGAGCAAGAGGGAAGGUGGUGCUGGGGUCCAGGCAACCGAGGAGAGUGGCUUUUUUCGAAGGAGCUCACGCCUCUUCAAGUCUGUCAUAAAAAAUGAGAAGGAGGUGACCAACCGGCCUCCGAGGCUACCAAAGACAUCCCUGGGGUCCCCUAAAGAAGAAUCCCCAGAGAUCAAAAUGGAAGUGAAGGAAGAAAAGCCAGUCUCCGAUCUCAUCACUGAACGGCAGCUGCUGAAAGCCUUUUCUCAGCUAUGCCAAAUGGAGGACAGCCUUGUGGAGGACCAGCACUCAGGGAGGUUCAAAGAUGACCCAACUGCCUAUGUUCGCCAGGCUAUGGACAUCUGUGUUCAUUAUGAUGUGAUGGCGGCCGAAAUCAGGAACAUUGUGAGGGAGACUCUGAGCCAGUCCAGUGUGGACUCAGAGGCUCUGUUGUGCAUGGCACAGCUGAUUGAGAAGGAGGAGGAGGUUCACCCAGAGGACCGGCCUGACAGUGACUUCCUGAGAGCCCCUCGGAAGUGGAGACACCUCUGGGAGGAAGCAGUGAAGAAGAGCACCUUAGAUCGGGUGGGGAAGGUGGGCCAGGACAUGAGGGAACCCAGCCUGGCCGGCCUCCUGGUGGAGCUUGGCAGCCUGGUGAAGCAGGACCUGGUGAAGAUCCGGACAGAGGUGCAACCCUGCUACCCAGCGGACUUCCCUGUGUGGAAGACCUACUUGGAUGCUUUCCAUGGAGCUGUGUCUGCCCAACUUCAGGAGCUCUUACAGAAGGCUCAGGACUUGGAGCAACUUUAUGUGAUAAUGGACUGGGUAGCCAAUGUCUACUGCAGCAAGGACUUCCUGGGCUCUCUGGACCUGCCACUAGAUGUGACUACAAUGCCAAAGCUGCUGGCACCUGAGGUGUGGGAGAAACUAGAAAGUGACUACUCCAAGUUCCUGGAGACCAAGAUCAACAAGUGCUUUGAUGGCAUUCUGAAGUUGGAGCAGGACCAGUGGUCAGAAAGGGAGGGCCCCACCUUGCUUCAGGGGCUUUACCACUCCCCCAUCUCCAUCGACAUUCACAUGCUGGUUGGGGAGCAUGUGAACACAGCCCGGGCCAUCUCCUCGGGGUUGGAGGCUACCACACUACAGAUCUUGGAGCAGUCAUUGAAUGAAUUCAUCCCCAGGUUUGAGAAGAGGUUCCUGGACUCCGAUGCUGCAAAGGAUCAGACCCUGUUCCUGCCCUAUCUCUGUGCCUAUAUCACUGCCUUCGAGGAACUGAAGACCAACUUACCCGCCAAAUUCCUAAACAGCUUUGAGAAUGUGGGAACAACCCUGUCCGAAGUGAUUAGCAGGUUCAAAAAGCAAAUGUUGAUCCAUUUGCAUCGAGAAACACAGGUACUAUUCAAGGAUGUGGGCAGCAAGGCUUGGGUGACCUCUGACAAGCUAGAGCCAAUCAUGGAAAAGACUGUCACCUUUGUCCAGCACCUGAAACACCUGGUUCAGCCGCACAGUCAGGAGUGUCUUCAGGAAACCCACUGCUAUGUAAUUCGGGAAUAUGUGGCCCAUGUGCUGAGGCCACGAGAACGGCUUCGAGGAGCAGAUCGAGUGGCCAGUGCCCACAAGAUGAGCGAGGAAUCAGAUGCCAUUGGCUCCACUUUUCAGAGUCUGGGCUCAGAAGCCUCUUGGCUGGGUUUGGUGAUCCCUUGCAUCUCGGACAUCCUGAGUGAAACCUACAAAGAGGACAUUAGAAAACAUAUCGAAGCCCUCAUUAAGGGUUACCCAGACAUCAGGCAAGAGCACGUGGCUGCCAUUUUAGCCCUUCGGAAGCUGGGCCGAAGACGGAAUCAGCUCCUCCUUCGUCAUGCCCAGACCCUGCUGAAGAAGGCCCCAAAGACUUUCCCGGAUCACAGACUCUUUGAGGAGAUCGACGUGCCUGCAUCUGUGGAAGUGCUCUUCACCUGCAUUUAGAAAUUAACAUGAAUGAGAGGAAAAGCAGGGCCUCUGGGGUCCACACUCGGUAUUCUUAAAGGUGAAAGGAUGAGGGACUUUUGGGAAUGGGAUUUUCAUGGAGCUGAGGACCCCAAAGACUGGUCUCCCCUUCUUGACUUUCCUUCUCUCUCCGUUCCAAAGCACUCCUCUGCUUCCUCCAGAUAGGAAGUUCAGCUGGUCCCAGAUUCCCCUCUCCUUCUCCUAAGCUCCUGCUUCUACCUAUUUCUAAAAAAUUAGGAGAUAAACAUAUUCCCUCUCAAGUGGGAAAGACUGUGUAUGCCUUUUCUUCAAAACAGGAGCCUUUUCUUUUAAACAGGAGCCAAGGGAGGGCAAUGCUGAACCUAGACAUGGGAAACACAAAUAGCGGAAUUCUAAGAAAACAAAAUACAAUAGAACACACAUUUUUCAAGUGCCUACUCUCUAGAGGAAGAACAGAGACCCUGGGAGGUAGAAAGUUUAGAUAAGAUCAUGUCCCCACCCUUGUGGUACUCACAAUCUAGUACUGAAUUAGAUAUAAACACAAAUAACUAUAUACGUAAUUAAUUCCACAUUUAUUAAACCAUGCUGUGUACUAUGCUGAGCACUGGGGGAGAUAAAAAGCUUAGCUAAGAUGAGGUCCUUCACUUCAUGAAGCCCAUAGUUUGGCAUGGGGAUAAGAUGCCAUAAGAAGCCAUAAUCUCCAAUAUUAUCUAAAUAAUAUUGUUAUGUGUUAUGUGUGGUCCAAUAUGAGAAGUUCACUACUGACUGGGGUGAAAUCAGGGACUUGGAUGGAGACCAGAGGAUUCCUUCCUCUGCAUGUAAGCAGAGCCCUGACAGGGAGGAUGGGAAAGAGGACCCUGGUCUUAGGCUCCUAGUGGGUCCAACCAAUCGUGUCCAAAGCUCCUGGGGUUCAGAGGUUUGGGGGGUGGAGUGGAGAUAUGAUAUGAAUGCCUGAAUCAUCCAUCCCCUCUAGGAAGCAGAGAAUUCUUCUCAUGGAGAUCAACUCCAUGGUGAGUCCACUUUCACAUGCUAAAUGUUCUAUAUUUAUUUUUAAAAAUAAAAUUGUAU